AUGCCCCGCGCCGCCCCCCGGUGGCCGCCGCUCCUGCUGCCGCUGCUGCUGCUCUUGCUGCCGCCGCCGCCGCUCGCCCGCGGCGCCCCGGCCCGGCCCGGCGCCCGAGGGCAGGCCUCGGAGCUGGUGGAGCCCACGCGGUUGCCGGGCAGCGCGGGCGAGCUCGCGUUCCACCUGUCCGCCUUCGGCAAGGGCUUCGUGCUGCGCCUGGCGCCCGACGCCAGCUUCCUGGCGCCCGAGUUCAAGAUCGAGCGCCUCGGGGGCUCCGGCCGGGCGGCCGGGGGCGAGCGGGAGCUGCGCGACUGCUUCUUCUCCGGCACGGUGAAUGGGGAGCCCGAGUCGCUGGCGGCCGUCAGCCUGUGCCGCGGGCUGAGCGGCUCCUUCCUGCUGGACGGCGAGGAGUUCACCAUCCAGCCGCAGGGCGCGGGGGGCUCCCUGCGCCAGCCGCACCGCCUGCAGCGCUGGGGGCCCCGGGCGCGCCUCGGGACCCCCGGGUUCGCCUCCUCCGAAGCCCACCCCCUCCCCGGAGGACCCGAGUGGGAGGUGAAGGGAGAGGAUCAGAGGCAGGAGAGAGGAGACGAGGAACAGGAGAAGGAAGAGGUGGAGGAGGAGGAGGAGGAGGAAACGGAGGAGGAGGGGGGCAAAGAAGAGGCGGCAGAAGGCGUCCGCGAUCUGCCACCACCCCUGGGGGCCACGAGUAGGACCAAGCGGUUUGUGUCCGAGGCUCGCUUCGUGGAAACGCUGCUGGUGGCCGAUGCGUCCAUGGCUGCCUUCUAUGGAGCUGACCUACAGAACCACAUCCUGACGCUGAUGUCCGUGGCAGCCCGAAUCUACAAGCACCCCAGUAUUAGAAACUCCAUCCAUCUCAUGGUGGUAAAAGUGCUGAUCGUGGAAGAUGAAAAGUGGGGCCCGGAAGUGUCUGACAACGGGGGGCUCACCCUGCGCAACUUCUGCAGUUGGCAGCGGCGUUUCAACCAGCCCAGUGACCGGCACCCAGAACACUUUGACACAGCCAUUCUGCUCACCAGACAGAACUUCUGUGGGAAGGAGGGGAUGUGUGACACCCUGGGUGUGGCGGACAUUGGCACAAUCUGUGACCCCAACAAGAGCUGCUCUGUGAUCGAGGAUGAGGGGCUCCAGGCGGCCUACACCCUGGCCCAUGAGCUAGGGCACGUCCUCAGCAUGCCCCACGACGACUCCAAGCCCUGCACACGGCUCUUUGGGCCCAUGGGCAAGCACCACAUGAUGGCGCCGCUCUUCGUCCACCUAAACAAGACACUGCCCUGGUCUCCCUGCAGUGCCAUGUACCUCACGGAGCUCCUGGACGGUGGGCACGGAGACUGUCUCCUGGAUGCCCCCACGUCGGCCCUGCCCCUCCCGACAGACCUGCCAGGCCGCAGGGCCCUCUAUGAGCUGGACCAGCAGUGCAAGCAGAUCUUUGGGCUGGGUUUCCGCCACUGCCCCAACACCUCUGCACAGGACAUCUGCGCCCAGCUCUGGUGCCACAUGGAUGGCACCGAGCCCCUUUGCCACACGAAGAAUGGCAGUCUGCCAUGGGCUGAUGGGACGCCUUGUGGGCCUGGGCACCUCUGCUGGGAGGGCAGCUGUCUGCCUGAGGAGGAAGUGGACAGGCCCAAGGCUGUGGUGGCUGGAGGCUGGGCCCCAUGGGGACCCUGGGGAGAAUGUUCCCGGACCUGCGGAGGAGGAGUACAGUUUUCACACCGUGAAUGCAAGGACCCUGAGCCUCAGAAUGGAGGAAGAUAUUGCCUGGGUCGGAGAGCCAAGUAUCAGUCGUGCCACACAGAGGAAUGCCCCCCUGAUGGGAAAAGCUUCAGGGAGCAGCAGUGUGAGAAGUAUAAUGCCUACAAUUACACUGACAUGGAUGGGAACCUCCUACAGUGGGUCCCCAAGUAUGCGGGGGUGUCCCCCCGGGACCGCUGCAAGCUGUUCUGCCGAGCCCGGGGGAGGAGUGAAUUCAAAGUGUUCGAGGCCAAGGUGAUCGAUGGCACCCUGUGUGGACCAGAGACUCUAGCCAUCUGCGUCCGUGGCCAGUGUGUCAAGGCUGGCUGUGACCACGUGGUGGACUCGCCUAGGAAGCUGGACAAAUGUGGGGUGUGUGGGGGCAAAGGCAAUUCAUGCAGGAAGGUGUCUGGUUCCCUCAACCCCUCCAGUUACGGCUACAAUGACAUUGUCACCAUCCCAGCUGGUGCUACUAACAUCGAUGUGAAACAACGAAGCCACCCGGGGGUCCAGCACGACGGCAGCUACCUGGCGCUGAAGACGGCCGAUGGGCAGUACCUGCUCAAUGGAAACCUGGCCAUCUCUGCCAUAGAGCAGGACAUCUUGGUGAAGGGGACCAUCCUUAAAUACAGCGGUUCCAUUGCCACCCUGGAGCGGCUGCAGAGCUUCCGGCCCCUGCCCGAGCCUCUGACCGUGCAGCUCCUGACUGUCCCUGGUGAGGUCUUUCCCCCCAAAGUCAAAUAUACCUUCUUCGUUCCAAAUGACGUGAGCUUCAGCACACAGAACAGCAAAGAGAGGGCAACCACCAACGUCAUCCAGCCCCUGCUCAACGCGCAGUGGGUCCUGGGGGACUGGUCUGAGUGCUCCAGCAGCUGCGGAGCUGGCCGGCAGCGGCGGACCGUGGAGUGCCGGGACCCCAACGGCCAGGCCUCUGCCACCUGCAGUGAGGCUCUGAAACCCGAGGAUGCCAAGCCCUGUGGAACCCAGCCGUGCCCGCUGUGA